AUAGCAGGGCAGGGCCGUGUCGGGAGCGCCGUGUCCGCCGAUGCUCCAGCUGUGCCCGGUCACCUCCUCGCUGCUGCUGGGCACGGCCAGGGCGGCGUGCGACGAGGAGCUGCUGCUGCGGGAGGGGAUCACUCUGUGCGUGAAUGUCACCCGGCAGCAGCCGUUCCCCAGCCUGCGGCACAUCCGCGGGAUCCGUGUGCCCGUGUUCGAUGACCCGGCCGAGGAGCUGGCCCGGUUCUUCGAGCCGUGCGGAGCCGCUAUCGAGGAGGCCGUGCGGGCCGGCGGGAGGUGCCUGGUGUACUGCAAGAACGGCCGCAGCCGCUCCGCUGCCAUCUGCACCGCGUAUCUCAUGAGACACCGGCAGCUCUCCCUCAAGGACGCCUUCGAGGCUGUGAAAGCUGCCAGACCUGUAGCAGAACCGAAUGCAGGAUUUUGGUCUCAGCUGCAGAAAUAUGAAGAAGAUUUGCAGUCUGCUUUGCUGAGCAAAGGACGUAAAAAUAGCAAUGUGUGAAGAUACUUUAAAGAAAGUGAAGUGUCUUGCUACAGACUUCAAAAAAAAAAAAAAAAAAAAUCACUUCCUAAAUCACCUGUGUGUAAAACACUUUAUCCCCUGAUAUAUAUAAUAUAUAUAUUAUGACUGA